AUGUGGACGCUGCUGCUCGUGCUGCUGCUGGGCUCGGCGGCGCUCGCUGCGGCCUUCGCGGCGUACGGCGACGUGCUGCUGACGCUGCUGCUGCGCCAGUUGGCGGCCUCGGCCGUCGGCGCCAAGUUCUCCAUCUCGUGGUCGCUGCGCGAGGGCUCGCUGGAGCUGCGCGACCUGGUGCUGGGCAGGCAGGUGCUGCCCAACCUGGAGCCGCUGGCGGGGCUUCCCUUCGGACUGGAGCGGCUCGAGAUGAAGCGGCUGCUGCUGGUCGCGCCGCUCUGGGCGCGCAUGGUGCGCCUUGUCAGCGGCCAACCUGCAGACCCGGAGCACAAGCCCAUGGAAUCCAAGCUGCUGAUGGCCGGGCUGCGGCUCGGCCUGACGCUCGACGCCGCCGAGAAGUGGAUGUGGCAGCGCGACGCGAACGCCGAGCGCUGCGAGGAGGCGGUCAAGCAAGCGGCCAAGGCGCGCGUGGCGCGCGUCAACGCCUGGACGGCGACGGUGGCGCAGAAGCUCAAGGACCUCGCGACUCUGCGCGAUCAGAUCCGCGCGGCCGAGAAGCAGCAGCCCAAGACGGCGAACGAAGCGCCACUGAAGCCUGCGUUCUGGCACCUGUGGGUGGACGAGCUUCUGGAUUCGUUCGAGUUCGUGCUGCAGGCGUUCUCGCUCUCGAUCCGCGACGAGUACUCGGGCGCCACCGUGGGCAUCGCACUCGACGAGUUCGAGAUGGGCCGCAGCGGCCCUUGUGACGACGGGCGGCGCAAGCGCGAUCUGCGACUGGUCAAGUAUGAGAUGGUCCUGAACUCGAAACCCGGCGGCAGCGCGGACGCCUGCCACUUGAUCACCCCGCUCUCCAUGGACAUCGGCGUGUACAUACCCUUCAUCUUCCAGUCGCUCAUUAUGGGACAGGGCUCGGGCGAGCGAGCGUUUGAACUCGAGAUCUCGUUCGCACAGGGACAAGAGUUUGUGGUGGAGUUCCGCCCCGCGCAAGCCGGCAUGCUGUUGAAGUUGCUCCAGCCAAUCAACUACUACUACGACUGGCAGACGGCUGCGUCCAUCGCGGAUGACCUCGCGUGUGUGCAGCUCACUCCGAUCGAGUCUGAAGAGUACAUGUCUCUGUUCAACGAGCAGUGCAAGCUCGACAACGAGCUGGGUUUUGUGCGUCGACUGUAUGAAGGCUACAAGCAGAAGGAGGUCAUACUCAAGCGACAGACCCGGCUGGAUGAGCUGGAGGUGAAAGUACUGGCCACGCGCCUACUUCAAUUGCGUGCGCUGUCCCUUGGCUGGGAGAUCCCGGAUGCAGGAAAGCCCUUGCCGUUCAUUAGCGAGGAGGAACUGGAGAGGGGAAACCUACGCAAGUUCUUGGAGAACCCUGUGGAUCACUACGUGGACAAGGAGAAAAUUCCCGGCACGCCGCCAAUGUUCCAUUUGUUCCGAAUGUCGUUCAAGAUGGCGAAGAUGAACCUCAAUUUACUCGAGGACAAUGACAAGCAGCUGCUGACAUUUUUCGUGUACGACAUGGACUUCGAACUGCGUUACCUGAUGUCGAAGGUUGCUGAAAAAGACACGGCCGUGGAGAUUGCGCUAGAUAUCGUGCGCUUUGGCUUACUGGACAACCGUGGGGCUCGUACGAAUGUGUUCCGUCAGAUCAUGGACCGUAACCCCGAAGCUGAGGACAUGAUGUCGAUCGCUGUGUCCCAGCGUAAGGAUGGCUACAUGGACGUUGGGGUGACAUUCAAGCACUUUUCGCUUGUGCUUGUGUUCGACCCGCUACUGGACGUGAUGCACAAGUUCCUACCCGCUAUUGCUGAAGACGAGGACGAACAAAUGCGGUUCAUUGCGUACGAAAUGGCGGACGGUAUGGAUUCUCCCGAACAACGAGAUGCUGCGAAGCACCUUUAUGUUGAAGAUCUACCGAAGCCAUACUCACCGCUGAUGCUUGGCGGAAUCUCUCUCGGCUCCAGCAUUCUCUUGCAGGGUUGCGAGUUCUGUCUCGUUGGUGAUUCAUCGACGCUGAAGUCCCCAGUUCUGGCUUUCACUGCGGAUACCAAGCUUCGAAUCCUGAGCUCUGAGCGGUCGGAGGCCGUCGAGUUGGAGUUAGUGGAUGUUGCAUUGACCCCAUGCACUAUCAUCUUGCGUGCUGAUGGCAUUGAGCUUGAGAUCGGGGACGUUCGAACGAUUUUGGAGCUCGAAGGCGAAGGUGUUGAUCUUGCAAUGGGAUACAGGCUCUCGGUCGGUGAUCCGUCAAGAGAAUUGUCCAAGCUCACCAAUGAGUCGUCCGAGUCUGGUGGAAAAUCUGCGUCAAGUUUAUGGAGUGUCGCUCGCAAAGCUGCCGCCAAGCAGCAAAUUGUGGAGGUUGACCACCCAGACAUCGAGGAGGUGGAGGAGCGCUCGCUGACACCACACCGCAGAGACAGAGUGAAAGCUGGUGCACGCAGGAAGCUGACAAUGCAAAUGUCCGACUUUGCUAUGAACUUGUCGUCAACUGAUCUGGGCGUCCUUUUGAGCAUCUUGGGUUCACUCAAUGAAUCAAUGAAGGAGGACAUUGAAGUUGUCAAGAAGCGGGAGCAGGGCGAAGCUCGAAUGAAAAGAGCGAGACGACAGGUUGAAGAAAAGCGGUACAUGGACCGAUUGAAAGCCGAGUUCAAACUGCGCGAUGUUGACGGUGGAGGAUCCCUGGACGUGUCAGAGAUUAGGGACCUUCUUCGCAGCGCGACGGAUUGUGAUAAUCUGACAAAGGAGGAGUUCGAUGCGACUGUGGCGGAUUUUGUCAGCAUUGUGGAUAGCGAUGAAAGUGGCGACAUCUCCCUGGAGGAGUUCGAAAGCGCGUUAAGCCGCAAUAAGAUCCUGUACACGCGGCUGCAUCACCACGUGGUUGCGAUUACUGGUCAGGAAUAUGUCGAUCCGGACAUGCAACGAAACAAGGUGCCGUACCUCACUGGUGAUAAUGCAAACACGCUUGCCAACGCAGCAGCACUUGCGACUUUUUGGGAGCGUUACGAAGAGCAGAUUGGUGCGUCAACUACGUCGCUGAAUGGUCAGCCACCUAUUGUCGUUCAGAAGAAGAUGGUGCGUGCAUUCAAGAACUACGACUACGCACAAGAAGCGUGGAACCGGAUCGUGAACCCUUCGCUCGUUAAACCAGGCGAACAGAGUCCCUGGUUGUUGAGCAAAGAGAUGGAUAUGGGCGGUCGAGGAGAUGUGAUCGAUCAGUUGUUGUCUAGCCUGAAGGACGAUGCUCACACCCACACUUCCCUGAACCCGGGGUCUGUCGCUGAGCGGCAGAUCUUCGUUCAGACUCUUGUUUCCACAUCCUUCGGUGGGUUUUACUUGCGCCUGAUUGACAAUAUGCUGCCAUUGGGUCUUCCGGCAAUUGAAACAUCCCUCGAGGAACUCGGCAUUUACGCAAAUUUUUCGGUGUGGGAGGGUGGAUCGGCAAACGCUGUCACAGACCUCCAAGCUCGAAAACGGUCGACAAACAGCUUUGGUGUCGCCAAGAUCAGCUUCGAUGUGUAUGGCAACUACUACAACACGAAGGCACGCCAAAUCGAACCCUUCAUGGAGUUUUAUCAAGGUAUCCUUGAUUUCAAAAAGGAGCCCGAGUCACCGUUGGAAGUAAUUUAUUCAUCGGAUCGCUACUUCCAAAUGAACGUCACGUCAGCGUUCAUGGAAGCAGUGAAUUCGAACAUGGCUGCAUUCUCCAAGGUUGAACAUCGCACGGAGGCUGAACGUCCGCACGUCAAAGAAAUUGGCGCGAUUUUCUGGAUGCUGAACGAGAGCGGGGUGAACGUCAAGUAUUAUCUGGUGGCGAAAAAGCAAACGAAGGAACGCGUGCGCGAAGAGGUUGUGACGGCAGUGACUGCUGUGUCUACUGGCGAAGCGCACGCAUGCAUGCUUCUGGAUAACAGCGAAGCGGAAGAGUAUGAACAACAAAGUUUGAAGGAAAAGCAACUCCGACAAGCUUUUCGGGAUGCCGAUCAGGAUGGAAGUGGUGAGUUGGACACUGAGGAAGUGCGCUCUGUGCUGCGAAGCGUGUAUGAAGAAGAAGACAAGCAACGCAGAACUUCAGGUGCUAGGAAGUCCUCGGUAUACAAGCGCAGCAGUAGCAGCAUUCUGGAGAACGAAGCCGAUUUUUCUCGGGCUGUUGAAGACUUUAUUGCUCUGGCAGACACCGACAAGUCCGGACAAGUUUCGUGGGAAGAGUUCAAGAUCGCGAUCGCCAAGUCGCGUGCGACAGUCGACCGCUUCAUCUCAAUCGAGAUCGAAGGAUACCGGACGAUUCAUAACGUGCCAUUGAUGUCAAUCGGACAGACUCAAGUGUAUGAGCUGACACCACUGUUCGAGGACGUGGAAUCGGAGGAGUCGAUCGCUGCUCUCUACGAUCGGGGUGUGGCUUUGCUGACGAAGGUCGAGGAGCCUACACGUCAAGAGCUGCAAAAGGCGUACGCGUGUCUACACCGAGUGAAGGAGAUCGAUCCAAACUACGAGUGGAUUGACUCAUACUAUGCUGACUGCAUGCGCCAAUACUUGCCUGUACUAGCCGCUAUUCACAUUUCGGUGGAUGGAUUUUACGGUCUGCAAGUGAAGGUAUCCGGUGCGGAGUAUAUUCGCAACGGGACUGCUAAGGAUACGGAGCUGAUCAUGUACGACGAGCAAGGUGCUGUUGCUCGCUGCAACCCGGAACAGCCCGACGCAGCUAAACGUUUCUAUAUGCUGCCAGCGCUCGGUUCAAUCAGUAUUCCUUUGGAUUUGGUUGGCGCUGGGUCUUUCGCUAUUCGGCAAACGGGAGAAACAGAAUGGAGCAACACGCUAGACCUAUCUGUUGCUGAUCAGCGACUAUACAAGCGGAUGACACGAUUCGAGCAGCUUGAAGCCAAGAAGGCCUUACGUGGCGAAGGAAAUGGUUCCGUAUCCUCUGCCAAACGUGUCAAAGAAAAACUGGGUACGAACGCUGCACUUCCCGAUCCGAAUGAGUUCGUUCCUGCUGGAAAAGAAGUGGUGUAUCCGUCGUCAAGUUGCAUUGACAAUCAGCCCACGGUCGUGAUUGAGCGGAUUUCUGUCAACAAUGCGCAGUUGGGUACUUGGUCUUUGACGAUUCAACCCCAGCUGGUACUCCACAACGUUCUCCCGUGCGGUGUUGAGUACGCAAUUGUACAGCCUGAUGAUUGCCCUGAAGAUACGCUGACUUCCAAGGGCGAGUUCCGCGUUGUGGAUACCGCUGGAAAAUCCAAAAAAUCUCGAGCUGUGACAACGUUGGGCGAGAUCGACUACUUUGCUUACGUGAACGAAGUGAACAGUCGAAAGAUGCACAUCGAGAGUGGUAAGACCAUUCAAGUGUUCGGGUUGGACCUGAACAAACCCGCUUUGAUGAUGAUGCGGCUUUGUGCCAGUGAGACCAACCGAGCAUCGACUUGGAGCGCACCGUUCCUGGUGCACCUUGAAGCCGACCGCGAAUCGUUCAAUGAAGAUGCGUUCGAGCUCCUAUUCGAUAACGGCCCAAGCUUCGUUUUCCACCCGCAGUGGGAAGAAAAUGCCGCCCGCACAGUAUUCUUCUACUCUCCGUUCUGGAUUCAAAACCGAAGUGGCUUGGACCUUCGCUUUAAGUUGUCCCGUGGUCGGGUUUGCGCUAUUGAAGAACACCGAGCGUACUUCCCUGACGCGAAGGAAAUUCCUUUGAUGGCGACUGCCCCGCCGGAUAAGGCACUUAUUAGUCUCCAGCCAUUCCAGGAGACGCCGCCGACAUACGAGGGUGAAUCGCUGGUGCCUGAGACGACGAAAAAGUACCUACCAAACUUUCAGAAGCUGGGAUGGUCCGAACCCGAGGACAUGACAACUGUGGGCAAGAAGGGAGAGUUGAGGCCAAACGGAUCUGGCAACUACGCUUUCGUACUCGCAUUUGAAGUUCGUGCUGCACCGGCCCAGUUUUUCAGGUCAAAAAUUUUCGUUAUCUCGCCGCGCUUUGUGUUCCUGAACCACGUUCCACGACCACUCCAAGCAACUCCUAUUCUACUGGAUAAGAAGGGGGGCCGCGGCAAAAACCGUACUGAGCAGGCUGACUGCACCUUACGAGAAGGCGAAGCAGUUGUGGUGUAUCGCCUGAGGGGUCCUGAGAAAUAUGUGGCUGGCUUACGUGUCCGUGAUAUGGCGAACGAUAGCCAGGAUGUGGGUGAAUGGAGUCCGAACAUGCCAUUGUUUAAGCUUGACUCCAAGCUAAGUGAUCCGAAUGUGGCGUACAACAUGUCGGAAGAGGCCGUAUUCUGGACGCGUGGCAGCUUGGGCGAUGGACCUGUGUGCAGCGUAAGUGUCCACGAAGUGGCUGAGACCAUUUUCGCCACUAUCGCGGAUAUUUCGACGAACCCGAACUACCGUAUCGAAAACCGCUCGACUCGCUACUCCUUCCGAUACGUGCAACAUGGGGUAAAGACUGCGGAGGAAAUUGUUCUGGCGCCUUUGGAGAGUCAUUUGUUUGCAUGGGAAGAUCCCAAGGGAGACUUGCGGUUGCGUGUCAUGGCCACACACUGGAAGGUGCCGACUAUAGUGGACUUCAUGCAGAUCGGCGAGGUAAAGAGUGCGCCUCAAGGUCUUCACGCCGAAGUGUAUAUCGAUGGAUCUACUCGAGUCUUCGCCAUGGGAGAUACCACAGUGUUCUCGGACGUUCGACAACGUGCGUUUGUGAGUGAUUGGCUCAGUAAUACGGUUAUUGACGUGUCGAUGCAUGGAGUUGGAAUUACACUUGUGGACGAGCAGCCGCAGGAAGUGUUGAACAUCACCAUGGAGACCAUUCGCUUUGAUUCGAAGGCACGAUCUCGGCGAAUCUCGUUGAUGGUGCACCACGUCCAAUUCGACGAUAUGACUCCCCAUUCAGCGUAUCCUGUGGUUUUCGCUCCUCUGGACAGUGGCUUCAAUAGCGACAAGCGCGAGGGAUGGCUCCCUGGCGACGGUGAAAGACCGUUCUUCACGCUCACCUGCGAGACACUCCCGCAAAGCGGUAUCGUUAUCGUCAACGAUUUCGACCUGCAACUCGAGUCUAUGGCUGUCAAACUGAACUUGGAAUACCUAAUUGGGCUGAGUAACCUGCUCUUCCAGUUAAUUCCUGGAAGUGACGAGGCUACAAUUCUCCAGCAGGGUGUGGAGGCCAAGAAUGCGAUGCUACUGCUGAAUGUUCCGUUCCCAGAUGGAUCUGUUUCUGCUGGCAUGCUGAUGUAUUUCAAGCGCUGGCAUAUGAGCGAAUAUGACUUCGAUAUGGUGUUUGAUUCGCUGCAAGAGGACAAGGGCGAAGGCAUCUCAUCCAUUCUGGGCAAUACCCUGGGAAGCAUUGUCGGUGGCAUCGCGCACGUGACGCCCGAGUUCCACUUCGGCGAGAUUGUCUACCAGAACCGUUUCUUCUACGAGUACGAUCUGAUCUACGACGUCGUGCUGAAGAUCGUACACUCCGUGAUUGGCCAAUGGUACAAGAUCGUUGGAAGUGUCGAGAUGUUAGGCGAUCCAGUUGGUCUUGCCACGGACAUUGUGGACGGUUUUGCACUGGCCGCUCGCCAAUUGAAGCGCGACAUGAAGGGAAAAAGCCGGCGUAAGGGCGAAAGUGCGGUGACUGUCGUACAGACGAUUUUUGGUGUCCCCCUGAGGUCUAUUGGUAAGGUGUCAAAUGGGCUUGGCGACGUGGUCAAGAAGGCUACGUACUUCGAAAGCCAGGAGGACCCGAAUGAACCCCGCCACAUUCCUGAAGGUUUUGUGCAAGGUGGCAAGGUACUUGGCAAAAGUAUUGCGUACGGCGUGUCAGGAUUCGUGAAGGAACCCGUGCGUGGCGCUAAGAGUGGGGGUGUGAAGGGCUUCGCGAAGGGUGUCGGCCGUGGAACGUUGCAGCUUGUUGCUUCCCCUGUUGUUGGCACGCUUGGUGUGGUUGAAAAGCUGUCGCAGUCGGUGAACAACACAACGCAUCUGAUGGACGAGAAGCACUUCGAAGGAACCCGCCGACCUGCCCGCAAUCUCCAGACAGGAUCGCUCAAGCAACUUUCGGAUUCAAACGUGAUUACGGAGGUGGAGGUGCACUGCUUGUAUGUCGACGGACUGCCCGAUAACGUGAACCCGAAGGUGGUGGUGCGCGUGUAUUCUCAGACGGACGGCUAUCCUGCGAAGGAGCUCGGUGAAUACAAGUCUUCGACAAUGCGCCACACGGGAACACCCAAGUACGACCAGUCGUGGCUGAUUGGAGUGACUUCGCUGGACACGUUCGUUGAGGUGAAUGUCUACCACAAGCGGAAGCCGCUGCCCAAGAAGCGCCUGGGAUUUGUGCGCUUCUCCAUGGAGGACAUCUAUCGUGACUUUGAGUCGGUGCCUGCGAAGCUUUUGGCGGAUACGAACGCUAAAAUGCAGCUCAAGCGCCGCAAGCGUGUGCGCGGCAGUAUCAUCAGCAAGUUGGCUUCGGCCAGCGAGCAUCCGGUGGAGGUUCGGGACGACUCGUGGCGACAGCGACUCAGCCGCCCGCCAAAGUCGGGCAGCAGCAUUUUGUCGGAGGAUGAGAACGAGGGAUUCGAGGACUACGACCAAGAGGUUAGUGUCCUGAGCGGGAACUCGAUCUGCUUGGAUGGCACGUUCCCGCCCUCGCCCGUGGGCAUCCCGCUGGAGGAGUGCGAGUCGGAGGCGAAGAUUUACCUCAGCAUCCGCUACGUGAACGACAUGCGGCGGUACGCGUAAGCUGCGCGAAGGAUAGCGUAGCAAUAAAGGCGAGUACAUGCGGCAACCACACGCGCGAGCUGUGCGAAGGGAUAGCGCAGCAACUGCAGACGUCAAUAUAUUUCU